CCGGCGGACCGACGGCGCCCGCUCCAAGAUGGCGGCGAGGAGGUGUGGACGAGCGAGCGGCAAGGCGGGGCGCGCUGGGAGCGACGCCGCAAUCAGCAUAAGGGGAUUUCACUUGAUUGACGUCUGCCAACAACCAACACCACCUGUUUCCAUGGGGACGUUUGGCGCCACGAGUGGAUUGUUGCUGAUUGUUUUGCAGCUUCACGGCAGCUUCAUCAAGCCAGAAUCGACUUUUGACUUGAGCGGCCGUGGCACGCAGACCCAAUCCGCCGCGCAUGGGCUCCCUGAGAGGAGGACCAGGGGGAGGAGGUGGACUUCCAGGCCCAGGUCCGAGAGCCCCGGCUGGACUGCGGACCCCAGGGGCCUCUACAGGGACCAGCACAGGCCUGAGGACUUGGACCCGGACCUGCUGCUGGAGGAGGGCCACGACAACUCCACACAGAUUGUGAACAUGGACCAUGCAUACUACAUGUCCACUAUUUUCGGCCCGGGAGACGUCGGUGGCCCAGACGUGUGGGUCAACACCGAGGAGAAGGACGGGGACAUGUGGAAAGCUCACGGCUUCCUGUCCAGCACGCACCGCCAAGCCGAGAGAGUCAAUCUUUCCUUUGACUUUCCUUUCUAUGGCCACGCGCUGAAGGAAGUCACCGUGGCAACUGGAGGCUUUAUCUACACGGGCGAUAUAAUCCACCGCAUGCUGACCGCCACUCAGUACAUUGCCCCGCUCAUGGCCAACUUUGACCCCAGUCUGUCCAAGGACUCCUCUGUCUUUUACUUUGACAACGGCACGGCGCUGGUGGUGCAGUGGACCAGCCUCCACCUGCAGGACAAUGUCCAAUCAGGCACGUUCACCUUCCAAGCUGCUCUGCACAGCGACGGACGCAUUGUGUUUACCUAUAACGAGAUUCCUGUUGACAUCAGCGACAUCAGCAGCGAGAAUCAUCCCGUCAAAGUCGGCCUGUCGGACGCGUUUGUGGUGCUUCAUAACAUAGAGCAGAUUCCCAACGUUCGACGAAGGACCAUCUACGAGUACCACAAAGUGGACUUUUUAAAGUCCAAAAUCUGCAAUGGUACCACUGUAGAGAUGUUACCUCUCCCAACUUGUCUGCAGUUCUCCGGCUGCGCUCCGUGUGUGACGUCUCAGAUCGGCUUCAACUGCAGCUGGUGCUCCCGCCUGCAGAGAUGUUCCAGCGGCUUCGACCGAAACCGGCAAGGCUGGGUAGACCACGGCUGCCAGGAGGAGAGACGAGACCCGCGUUGUUUACGCGGACGCCACGUCACGGAUGCGACGCAGACGCCACGCCACUUCACGGCCGCCACCACUCCAGCGGCUGCCACGUCAGGCCAGCAGAUGACCUCCGGUGUGACCUCCAUGCCUGUAGGCAACACUUCCACCGCCGAGAGCCGGCCGACACGCGGCAGCAGCGGCAAGAAUGCCACGUCUGCUCCUUGGUCCUUCACCAGCCAGCCUACAGCCGACGGCGAGAACGACACGGGCCAGAGAGAGAAGGUGGGGUUGCUGGCGGGUAUCGUCAUAGUGAUGGCGGUGAUGGCGGCGGUGGUCCUUGUGUCCGUCUACAUGUACAACCACCCCACAUCCAGUGUCAGCCUGUUCUUCCUGGAGCGUCGCCCGGCCAGUUGGCCCACCAUGAAGUUCCGACGGGGCUCCGGUCACCCGUCUUACGCCGAGGUAGAGAAUCUGGGCCGGCGGGACAAAGACGGUGCGGCCGUCAUCGACCCCAAACAAUCGUUCGUCAUGACGAUCAGGCGAGAGAGCGACCAGAAGGAAGGAUUUAUCGUCCCGGACCCCAGGGAGCGUUUCCUCAGCCGGGAGAGCUCCUGACCAAGACUACACCUCCCAGAAUGCUUAGGGACAUUUUCUCUCGUUACGCCGUGCAGAGAGGAAGACGUGGAUGCCUCUAUGAGGAAAGCAGCACAGUAUUUGUCAUGCGGCUUCAUGUUAACGUUUGCUCGGGACGUUUGCUUUUAAAAUGUGUCCGUCGGGACAAAAUAAUCUUGUUUUGACUCAAAGUGGUUUGCUGGUGUUUACAGCGGGCGAGAGAGAAGUCUACCACUUUUGGCUAUUUUCUCCCCGAGAUCGCUGUUAUGUGUCAGCGGCCAGGAAACUUCCUCACACGGCGGAAUGUCUUGGCCAGGUGUUAUUUCCUCUUUUCCAAAAUACAGACUGAAUUCCUUCAUGUGCAGGGCGAACGGGGGUUCACCGGGUCAAAAGUGCAGAUAGAUGGUCUCCAUUUUUAUUUUCCGCAUCUCAGAAAAACGACAUAUUUCCAAAAGUAUUUGGCCACCUGCCUUGACUCACAUAUGACCUUGAAGUGCCAUCCCAUGGAACUGUCCAAAAUGUUUUGGUAUCCUGGAGCAUUCAAAGUUCCUUUCACUGGAACUGAGGGGCCAAGCUACUGAAAAACAACCCCAUACCAUAAUUCCAUCCAUCCAUCUUCUGCUUAUCUGAGGUCGGGUCGCGGGGGCAGCAGCCUAAGCAGGGAAGCCCAAACUGCCCUCUCCCCAGCCACUUCGUCCAGCUCCUCCCCGGGGAUCCCGAGGCGUUCCCAGGCCAGCCGGGAGACAUAGUCUUCCCAACGUGUCCUGGGUCUUCCCCGUGGCCUCCUACCGGUCGGACGUGCACUAAACACCUCCCUAGGGAGGCGUUCGGGUGGCAUCCUGACCAGAUGCCCGAACCACCUCAUCUGGCUCCUCUCCAUGUGGAGGAUCAGCGGCUUUACUUUGAUCUCCUCCCGGAUGACAGAGCUUCUCACCCUAUCUCUAAGGGAGAGACCCGCCACCCGGCCGAGGAAACUCAUUUGGGCCGCUUGUACCCGUGAUCUUGUCCUUUCGGUCAUAACCCAAAGCUCAUGACCAUAGGUGAGGAUGGGAACGUAGAUCGACCGGUAAAUUGAGAGCUUUGCCUUCCGGCUCAGCUCCUUCUUCAUCACAACAGAUCGAUACAGCGUCCGCAUUACUGAAGACGCCGCACCGAUCCGCCGGUCCAUCUCACAAUCCGCUCUUCCCUCACUCGUGAACAAGACUCCGAGGUACUUGAACUCCUCCACUUGGGGCAAGAUCUCCUCCCCAACCCGGAGAUGGCACUCCACCCUUUUCCGGGCGAGAACCAUGGACUCGGACUUAAGAGGUGCUGAUUCCCAUCCCAGUCGCUUCACACUCGGCUGCGAACCGAUCCAGUGAGAGCUGAAGAUCCUGGCCAGAUGAAGCCAUCAGGACCACAUCAUCUGCAAAUAGCCGAGAGAAAUUCUGUCCAUAAAAUUUAUGAACAGAAUCGGUGACAUAAUUCCUCCUCCACCGAAUUUCACAUUCGGCACAAUGCAGUCGGAAAUGUAGCGUUCUCCUGGCAACCUCCAAACCCAGACUGGUCCAUCAGAUUGCCAGAUGGAAAAGCGGGUGUCAGGUUUAAACAUCGAUGACAUCUAUUAAAACAGACAGGAAGCAAAGAAUCAAACAAGAGACAGAAUUCAAUUUGGCUCAGCGAGGAGAAACGUGUACAUCUGUACCCUUGUACAGUGUCAUUAACGCUCGAACAAAAAAAGGUUCACGUCUCCCCCUUUAUUUGGAUAGUCCCUAUUCAAAGGAAUGGGGGGCAUGUAAACAGCCAUUGUUUUCGGUCACAUUAACACAAAAGAAAAAGAUGCCUCGUGCUUGGACUGGUCCUGGAUCGAGCUUGGGCAAGUCUUGGAUCACAAUAGAUAAACCCCCUCCUGUCUCCUCCCAUCAUACACAGUGGCAUUUUCCAAGCCUUUUGCUUGGUUCAACAAAGAUAGCUUUUGUCUGCUCACCGGGUAUGUUGUGAUAACUUACACAUAAUUAUUCUAACAGCGGGACUCAUCAGUCCAGGGAAGGCGUCUCCACUGCUCUAGAGUCCAGUGGCGACGUGCUUUACACCACUGCAUCCCACACCUGAUGCAUGGCUUAGAUACAUUUGCUCGGCCAUGGAAACCCAUUCCACGUAGCUCCCUGCGUACUGUACGUGGGCGAAUUGGAAGGUCACAUGAAGUUUGGAAUUGACUGUGCAGAAAUUCUUUGCACUAUGCGCUUCAGCGUCCGCCGACCCCUCUCUGUCAGUUUACCUGGCCUACCGCUUGGUGGCUGAGUUGCUGUUGUUCCCCAAACUCUUCACUUUUCUUAUAAUAAAGUCGACUUUGGAAUAUUUAGGAGUGAGGAAAUUUCACGACUGGAUUUGUUGCACAGGUGGCAUCCUGUGACAGUUCCACGCUGGAAAUCACUGAGAGCGGCCCAUUCUUUCACAAAUGUUUAUAGAAACAGUCUCCAUGCCUAAGUGCUUGAUUUGAUACACCUGUGAUUAGGACACCUGAUUCUCAUCAUUUGGAUACUUUUGGCAAUAUACUGACUGCUGCCCAGAUACUGUAUGUACACUACUAUAUUAUAAAUGCUCACAAAGAUAUUAAGUGUACACAUAUACUGUACAUUUGUCUUGGCUGUUCUUUUCUUCCGGAAAGUCAUCAUUUCUAAACUAUAUGAAGAUUAUUGAUACACUUUAUAAUACUUAUAUGUUGCAUGUUAGACUAAACCUGCAAGUGAUGACUGAAGGCACUUUUAAAACUGCCGACGUUUCUUCAAGGUGAGCUCUUCUUGUCUUCUGAAACACAACAAGAAAUAUAUUUAGGUAAAAAAUAAGAAAAUAAAAGUGAUGUGAAUCAAUACUAAAUCAACUGGGGGGUGUCCAAACUUAUUCCAACGAGGGCCGCCUACUGAACUAUUAAAGGACCAUUUU